UGCCAGGAAAUGACACUUUUAGUGUUGGCUUGGUGUAGUUGAGAGAGGCAGGAUGACCAUCUCAGACACCCCAAAGCAUGAAAUAAAAACUAAGAACAUUUCAAAAGAGGAGCUUGCCCCAAAGGCGGUAUAUAGGAGUUUAUUGGGAUUUACACAGCUUAUAUGGGAAAAUGAGGGGAACCAAGGCUGAGUUCUUAGAGCUUAUUAGACGUAAAUGUUGUGUGUGUGUGUGGCCAGAAGGGGGAAGUCAACCCAGGCAGAAGGGGCAGUUUUAGAAAGGCAUAAGAUACUGAGUUCAAUUUGAUGUAAUUGUUGAAUGAAGUUUUGGUAUGUUCUAUGGGAUGGUUAAGGCACAGUUGCCAUAAAAAUUAUUGGUUGCUUAUCCCAAACGCUUCUGAGUUGGGCAUGUCAAGUUUCAUCUGGUGACCAUAACAGGGAUUGCAAAGACAAAUGAUUGUAGAGGCUUGGAAGGCCACUUCUCAAGGGCAGUGGGAUAGGAAGCAACAGUGGGGACAGGGCAGCUGGGAACAACUGCGACAAUUUGGGGUGGCAGCUAACUAGCAUUCAGAGAUGGCCAGGGGUGUCUAAUAUUCCACUGUUUUCAAAGAGAAUCGAAGUAUGUAGUUUUAAUGUGUGUGAUCCCAGUUUUGAAAGGCGGCAAUUAAUGAAAGAAACAACACUGUUUGUACCACAAGAGGCAUAGGCCGGUGGUUUGCAACCUCUGAUCUAAUCUGCGGAACGGGUGGGGCAGGUUUUACCCUCUCAACUAUGUAAUAAAGGUGAUCUGCAAGGCUCUGGGAGGUAGUAUUCGGCUGAGGGAAGGGCAGCAGCGGGGGAUUAAGUAACCCAUGCAAAAGCUAAGAUGUGAGGAUAGCUUCUCUAGCUAAUCUCCACAGUCUUUUCCCAGAGCAUCAGCACCAAAAUGCCACACAGGACAUUCAUUCCUUGCAGCUGGGGAACAGCUCAUGUCCUCAAGGUGAAUCCGGAGCUGACUUGCUGAACGGGACCUCAGGCAGGUACUUCUCAGCCUUCUCGGGCCGCACUGAAACGCCAAUUGGAAUUUCGAAGACUUUUCGUCAGAAAUUUGUGGGCGGAAACUUCCUGGGGUUGCUGAGAGCUUUUUGAGGCUUCUUGGCUUCGAUGCAAAGUGAGUGGGUGUCUCACAGAGACGCAAAGAGAGAGAGAGGUGUUUCCCUUGACUAUGGAAACUUUAUAAAGAGAGCUCACCUUCUCUGGAACAGUCCGCGUCAGGAGUCCUGCCCUUCAUACUUCCAAGAGUCUCCGCAAGAUUGAGAGAAGACAAGCUUUCCCCGGGGCUGGGUGCCAUGCAGCAGCCCGUGAAUUAUCCGUGUCCCCAAAUUUAUUGGGUGGACAGCAGUGCCGCUUCUCCUUGGGCUCCUCCAGGGUCAGUUUUCCCCUGUCCAUCCUCUGUGCCUGGAAGGCCAGACCAGAGGAGACCACCGCCGCCACCUCCGUCACCGCUACCACCUCCAUCACAACUACCACCACCACCACCACCACCACCGCCGCCACCACCACCUCUGCCGCCACUGCCCCCUCUAAAGAAGCGGAAUGACCACAACCCAGACCUAUGGCUACCAGUGGUAUUUUUCAUGGUUCUGGUGGCUUUGGUUGGAUUGGGGUUAGGAAUGUAUCAGCUCUUCCAUCUGCAGAAGGAGCUGGCAGAACUCCGUGAGCUCACCAACCAAAGCCUCAAAGCAUCAUCUUUCGAAAAGCAAAUGCAGAAUCCCAGUUCACCCUCUGAAAAAAAAGAGCCGAGGUGUGUCGCCCAUUUAACAGGCAACCCCAACUCCAGGUCCGUCCUUCUGGAAUGGGAAGACACAUACGGAACUGCUCUGAUCUCUGGAGUGAAGUAUAAGAAAGGUGGCCUUGUGAUCAGUGACACUGGGUUGUACUUUGUAUAUUCCAAAGUAUAUUUCCGGAGUCAGUCUUGCAACAAUCAGCCCCUAAACCACAAGGUCUUCAUGAGGAACUCUAAAUAUCCAGGGGAACUGGUGCUAAUGGAGGAGAAGAAGUUGAACUACUGCACUACUGGCCAGAUGUGGGCCCAUAGCAGCUAUCUGGGGGCAGUAUUCAAUCUUACCAGUGCUGACCAUUUAUAUGUCAACAUAUCUCAACUCUCUCUGAUUAGUUUUGAGGAAUCUAAGACCUUUUUUGGCCUAUAUAAGCUUUAAGAGAAAAAGCACUUUAGAAUUAUGAUUAUUCCUUAUUAUGGGCACUGGGAAUAUUGCCUUGAAUGAGAGUCUUCUUAAGACCAAUUGAGAUUAAUUGAGACUAAAUGAGCCACAAAGACCUCGUGAUCACAAGGUUCAACAGGUCAGCUAUCCUUCAUUUCCCAGAGGUCCAUGGGGUGGUCCUUCAUGCCUCCAUCAUGAGCCAGAUGGAAGGAGGAGUGUGACGGAGGAACAUAAAGCUUUGGGCUGCCAUGUGGUGAUGCAGAGGCACAGAGAUGGAACUGUCUGAUGUUAAAUGGCCAAGAGCAUUUUAGCCAUUGAAGAGGACACUUUUAAACUCGCCUUUCAGGGUGGGUCUACUUGCUACCUCAGAGGAGACUGUCUUUUACACACAUAGUUGUGAUCUGAAUAUACAAGGGAUGGGAAAGGGGGCCAGGUUUGACUGAUAAGCUAGAGACUGAAAGAGGCCAAUGUUCUAUUGGCAGCAUCUUUACUUUUAACCGGUGUUUUCUGAGCCAACCUUUGAUGCUAACAGAGAACUAAGAGAGAUGUUUGUGACACAAAUCAUCCUCUACACAGCAUGUGUACCUCCAGUGCAAUGGUGUCUGUGUGUGUUUGUAUGUAUGAGAGAGAAGAUAGAUUCUAGAGAGUCAUAUAAAUAGAAUGUGAACAUUAUGAAGUACAUAUUAGAAACAUGUGUUACACUUGAUGGUAGUAGAUAUCUGAAUGUUUCUUGGCAAUAAACUCUAAUAGUCUUCAAAAAUCUUUUAUUAUCAGCUACUGAUGCUGUAUUUCCUUUAAUACAACCAGUAUUUAUAUAUUUUGUGCAUCUUAAUGGAGAAAAGACAAAUAAAAAUUAUA